AUGCCUCUGCCUCCCUCCGAGGUGGAAACCUAUAUCAUCAAGGUCACCUUUCAUCGAGCUACCACCCUCCCUCCCGCCGACCUCCCGAGCUUCUCUGCAGACCCAUAUAUCAUGGCUCAGAUGGACACCCCGUCGCUCGCCCCGAGACACCGGGAAGACCCGCCCUUGCGUUAUCGAGGUCGGACCGAACGAAACACGCGCGAGCCCAAGUGGGAGGACGAGUGGAUCAUUGGCGGGUUCCCCAAAGAAGGAGGCACGAUGAAGGUCGUCGUCAUGGAUGAAGAUUUCACCAGCCACGAUGACCGACUCGGCCACCUCAAGGUCGAGAUUCGGGAUCUCGGCGGACCGGAGUGGAAGGAUAUAAAGAGACAACGUUUCGAACUCAAGAAACGUUGGGCGGGUCGGAGGGUCAACCUAGCUCGGGCAGCGUCGAACAUCUUGAACCCGCUCAAAUUGUGCCGAGACAAGACGUACAGGCAUCAGAGGGACGAGAUUGAGAUAUCCGUCGAGGUGAUCGGGAGCCUACAGCCGGGAGACGAGUGGAACGUGGGCAGGGCGUUCACGCUCGGACCAGGGCGGUGGUGGCAGCAUUAUUCGCCGCUUUUGGGCAGGAUCGCGGGGACCAAGGGAGGUCCAGGGGAAGAGCGGGAAGGUAGAGGCAAGGAAGGACAGGUGGCGCAAUACGACUUCGAGGCCAACGAAAUUCAACUGCAAGGUCCGACCCCGUCUGAGCUCUACCACCGUUACGUCGAUUUCAAGUGGUUCGUCGCCCCGCUCUUUACCGCCUCGGGCAUCCGAGGGAAACUCUUGAACAAGGCGAUUCACAAACAACACGCCCGAGUGUACGCUUAUGACAAGCGAUGCAAGUCCGGCAAGUUCGAGUACGACCCCGUAGAAUCGACACCAAGGAAAGAGGUUACCAGAAAAUUCCUCGAGCUAGCCCAUUGGGAUCAGGGAGGGAGACAAUUUACCUAUGUCCUUACCCUGAAUUCGAUGUUGCGGUUCUGUGAGACGGGGGAAAACUUCACGACGGACUUCAUGUCCAAGCACAUGGGACAUGCGGAUGCAGACGUAUACGUCGCCUUUGCGGGAGAGUUUUUGAUCAGGAGGAUCGAUCCUCAUGCAGGGAAAGGUGAUGGUGGAGGCGGUGGUGAUACGUCGGGCAAGACCCACCCACCUGAUCAUUUACCAGGAGGGCCACCGGAUGAAGAACCGCCGAGACAUCCAAAACACUAUGAACUGGUCAUCGAUCAAGACUCUGGGACUUAUAGACCCAAGAAGGAAUUGCUACCCGUCCUGAAAGGGUACCUCGAGAGGAACUUGCCCGGGCUAAAGAUCGCGGUGCUCCAUGCUGGGAGCGACGAAUUGAAGGAGAUUCGGAAGCAACAAGCCGAGGCCAAAAAGAGGGAAGGCGAGGGAGUCACGUUCAUGCGACGUGGGAGCAACUACAGCUCGAGUAUCAGUUCAUCCGAAGCUUCGGACCUCGAAGACGCGGCUCAUCGUGGCGAGGGUGGCUCUGGCUCGAGGGCUCAUCGAUCCAAGUUGGAGAGGGGUAUCGGUAUCUUGGAACAGCCGAGGGCCGAAAUCCAAGCCGCGGCGAGAAAUUUGUCAUAG